UAAUGGCUGCAGAGUAAGCAAUUUAGGUAACAUAGAGAGGGUUCCUUUAUUCACUUCCGGUAUUGGAGACUUCUUGCACCAUUCACGUGUUAGCAUCAUGCAUGCUGUCUAAACUCACUGUGUCUAUAUAAAAUUCCCUUUAUAUGACUCUGAGCAUAGAUAGUGAGAGCUUUUUAAAUAAUAUUAUAUCAGGGUUCUUUUUAUAAACUUUUGUUAAAGAUGAUGGCAGACGAUGAAAACAAGACUGAUGAGAAGAGAAGCAAAUCCCCACAGUCGAGAACAACCUCGAUAGUGAUACCUGAUGACUACACGAGCUACAGUUUAGACGACUUCUGUGUCCCUGCUCAUUACUACGACGACCUUAAAUGCGUUCUAUUACCUAAAGGACUCAUCCUUGACAGGGUCCAGCGUUUGGCUGAAGACAUUUGUCACGACAUAAGCAGCCCACUUGUUGCUCUCUGUGUAUUGAAAGGUGGCUAUCAGUUUUUUACUGAUCUGCUUGACUGUAUAAAAAAUCAUAAUGCAACAAGUGAGAAGUCUUUCCAGAUGCAAGUGGAUUUCAUUAAAGUAAAGAGCUACAUGAAUGACCAGUCAACUGGCGUUGUGAACAUUAUGGGCAGUGAUAAUCUGGCCUCUUUGAAAGGAAAGAGCAUCUUGAUAGUUGAGGAUAUUAUUGACACAGGCAAUACAAUGGUCAAAUUAUUGGAGACGAUUAAGAAAUUCGAACCGAAGCAAGUGAUGGUUGCUAGUUUGUUAUUAAAGAGAACAAAGAGAAGUAAUGGAUACAGACCUAACUAUACUGGUUUUGAGAUCCCUGAUGCAUUUGUGGUUGGAUAUGCAUUGGAUUACAAUGAGUAUUUUAGGGAUCUUAAUCAUGUUUGCAUAAUCAAUGAAAGAGGAAAGAAACGCUAUGCUGCUAACACAUGAACAUCGAUCAACACACUGUAUUUGACACUUCAACUAUAGUGAUAUACACUCAUGCUUGUUUUGUGUGUAUCUCUAUUCUUUUAAUAAUUAUUUGAGCUCAGGGUUUCUCAAAGGAUUUUGUCAUAGCGCUUAUUUUGUCAGUGGA